AUGGCUUCCCCUUCCAUCUCAGGACGAGCAGUCACAUCUGCUUUCCCUUUCUCACAUGAAGAAAGCAAGCCCAGUUCCGCCGAAGAAACCAUUUCGAAUUCAAAAUCCGACCCAGUUUUCGUUCCCCACGUGUUCGACUUUGUUAGUAUUCACAAUCCAACUAAUUUUCGUGGUUCAUCUGCAGUUCCUUCUUUGUAUCUUGAGCCGCUAGCAGUGGAUCAGUCAAUCAUUGUCGGCCAUGGCGCUUCCUUCACAGUAUUCAAAAGAGCUAUUCCAGCGGCCCCUCAAAUAUCCCAAACGUUCGACAUGGGCGGCUGGACCAUGACCGUUCCUAGGUCUCAAAAAAGCCCUCCAAAGCAUGUCGUUUAUAAGGUUGCUCGCGUUGCCUUUACUGAAACUGGAACACCAACACCUCCGACAAGACAUGCCAUGAAAGCCGCAUUAAUGGAAUUGUAUGCUUUGAUGCACGAGCCUCUCCGACAGCAUCCCAACAUCAUCGAUUUGUUGGGUCUCGCCUGGGGCUCUAACUAUUUUGACUCGUCGCAUCGAUUGCCAGUCCUAGUGGUGGAAUUUGCGGAUCACGGGAGUCUAGCAGAUUUACAACACAGACAUGACCUGAUGCCCUCCACUAGACAUCAGCUUGGGCUAGACAUCGGUCAUGGUCUUCAAAUGCUUCAUCAAUGCGGGAUUAUACACGGGGACGUCAAGUCGGAAAAUAUCUUGAUUUUCAAUCACCCAGAGAGAAAAUAUAUUGCAAAGCUAUCGGACUUUGGGUUUUCGCUGGUCAAAGAAGCAGCAGACGCUAAGGUAUACGUUGGGGGCACGAGGCCCUGGAAAGCCCCCGAGGCCAGAUACCCAGUGGCAAAACAUUUCCUGCCCGCCACAGAUAUAUACUCAUACGGUCUGCUUCUAUGGCGUCUCGCGAGUGAUGGUCAUGAUCCAUUCCGCUUCUGGGCUCCGAUAAGCCCGAGCUUACAAGGAGAUCUAUAUUUGCAGGAGCUGGAAAAAAUGAAGGAAGACGAUCAUCCUCUCAAAAACACAUCGCUGGACAAGUGGUUCAUGCGAUAUUUGUCUAAAAAGUCCAAAGAUCCGCAACCAGAACUAUCAGUCGAUUUGUCCUCGCUCAGCUUGGCUGAGCGAGAUCCCUUUUACACACGGCUCCCGUCUGUCCUGGAAAAAUGCCUGAGUGUCGAUCCCUCCAAAAGGGACUUACUCCAGGCCAUUGCAGCACUUGAAAACGAUAGCCAGACUGAUGAGUAUGUUGGACUCAAGAUAAACUGGGUCUCUUGCUAA